AUGGAGCUUGCGGGUUACAGUUGCGCUGUCGCUAUUCAUAGCGCCUAUCCUCGCUCUUCAAUGAAGACCUCAGAUGGUGGAGUUUUGAUAUGUUGUGGUCCUGGAAACAACGGUGGUGAUGGAUUGGUAUGCGCUCGUCAUCUCAAACUCUUUGGCUACAAACCAACCGUCUACUAUCCGCGUUCACCGUCAAAACAACUCUACAAGAAUUUGGUCACGCAGUGUGAAAAAAUGGGGAUCGCUUUCCUCUCCUACAUUCCGUCUGAUGUGAAAAUUCUUGAGUCGGCUUAUGAUCUCAUAGUGGAUGCGCUUUUUGGUUUUGGCUUCCGUCCGCCCCUGAAACCAGAUUUUGCUGAAACUGUUCAAAGAAUUGCUGCUUUGAAUGUGCCGCUUGUUUCCAUCGACGUGCCUUCUGGUUGGGAAGUCAGUGAGAAGACGGAGACGACGGACCUUCUACAACCGGACUGCUUAAUCUCACUUACGGCACCAAAACUUUGUGCUCACCGGUUCAACGGCCGAUUCCACUUUCUUGGCCGAAGCAACUUGUCUACUACUUCAGGUGGUCGAUUUGUUCCUCCGCUUCUGGCUGAUAAGUACAAUCUCCGUCUACCACCAUAUCCAGGUGCCUCUCCAGUGGUGCUUCUGAAAGGACCCCAAGUAUGUGACCCCCAAACGUCCAAUAAGUAG